AUGAUGAUGAAUUACACGAUUUUGUCGUUGUUGGACAAGUCCCUGGAUCCAAACUCAGGAUACUUCGACCAGGCUCAGAGGGAUUUAGAAAUGGCAAGGAAGGCCAACUUGGCAGAGUAUAUAUCGUCUAUGGCCCAGGUCAUUCUAAACCCUGAGGCGAGUCCGGGAGCUAGGCACCUGGCAGGAAUUAUGCUUAAAAACAGUCUCGAGUUUAAGACCGAAGAAGAUAAGAUGAAUUACUAUAACACAACCAGGGAAACCUUGCACAACGUUAAAUCCCUCAUGGUCAACGUUAUGAGGACAGGACCAGACGCACAGUCAGUGUUGGCAUCGUGCGCAGUAGUAGCGCGCAUAGCGCUGAUAGAGCUUGAAAGGAAUACGUGGCCGGAGUUCUUUGAAAUAAUACUCACGAUGGUCGAGUCCCAAGACUUUAACCAGACGAGGAACUCGCUGAUGUGCCUGAGUUAUUUCCUGGAGGACGUUUCGAACCUCUAUGAGCAGAAGAACAUCAAUUAUUUAACCAGAGAUCAGGUAAAUAGGAUCCUGACCUCGGUGGUCAAGGGCACGUACAUAGAAGAGCCGCAGUCCUGUAAAUUGUCACUCAAGUGUCUGCAGAACAUGGUCUACUUUAUCAACAAGAACAUGGAGGUGAAAGAUGAAAGAGAAGUGAUAGUGGAGGCAGUAUGUAGAAGAUGUAAAAGCCAAAACCAACUGGAAGUAAGGAUGAACGCAUACGACUCCCUAGUGCAGCUGGUGUCAGAACACUACGCACACAUAAUGCCACUAAUGGAGAAGAUUGUGCCAUUUCUGUGGGAGGCAAUAGACUCGCAGGUCGAGGAGAUCGCGAUACCAGCAUUCGAGUUCUGGAACACAGUGUGCGAAAUAGAGAUGUACAACGACCAGGCGCAGAACACAGGACGGACGACCUCGAGCAGCCUAGACGGAAGCUCGCAGGCCAACUGCAGCAUAAUUAAGCAGGUGAUACCGUACCUGCUCCCGAAGAUACUCUUCACGAUGACGCUCCACAAGUACGAAGACAUGGACAUGGACGCGUGGACGCUGCCGAUGGCAGCAGGCAUAUGCCUGUCACUCUGUUCGCAGACGGUGAAAAACGACAUCGUGCGCUCAGUGCUGGAGUUCAUCAACGAAAACUUCCAGAGCUCGGAGUGGAACAAGAGAGAGGCGGCGGUCCUCGCGUACGGGUACAUCAUGGAGGGCCCGGACACGGAGACGCUGAGGAUCCUAGUAAACGACUCCUUUCGAAACCUGUGUGACGUGCUGAUGGACUCCUCAAUAGCAGUCAGGGACACGGCAGCCUGGACCAUCUCGAGAAUCGCAACGUUCCACUGCGGAGCGGUGCUAGGACACCUGGGCACGCCCGAGGUGCGCACGUCGAACAUGCACAAAAUAGUCAGAGCGCUCUUCGACGAGCCGAGAGUGGCAGUGAACAUAUGCUUCUUCCUACACGAGCUGGCGGAACACAUCAACGAAUACUCGAAAGAAUACAACCACCUCGAUAAUAUGUUCCUGACCCUCUGCCGUAACCUAAUAGAUCGCAGUAAAAUGGCCGACAGCAUGGAGUCGAACCUCUUCAGGGCAAUAUAUGACAGCCUGUGCAGCCUUAUAGCAGGGGUCUCGGACAACAGCCUUGAUUCGAUGAAGAUGAUGGUGGACCACUUCAUACCGUACGCGUCGGAACUGACGUCGACGAACCUCGCGGACGAGCAUAACAAGAUAAAGCUGCAGUCGGUCUACGGAGUCAUUCAGCUGCUGGUGACCAGAGUGGGAUGCAACGACAAGCUCAACCUGCUCAUGGAGAGCGUAUUCAAGUUUCUCUCGGUGGAACUGGACGAAGACGCGCUGCUCACACUCGCGGCGGUGGUGAGCGUGGUCAAGUUCGACACCCUCGCGCCCUUCGUGCCCAAUAUCGUCAAGGCGGUCCUGAUGGGUCUGGAGGGCGAGUACUCGCGCUGCAAAAUAUGCAUCGGGAUCGCCGGAGACAUUUCGCGCAGCUUAGAGUCAAACUUCGUGCCGUACUUGGACACCUUCAUGCCAGUCCUCGUGAGGAAGCUGCAGGACCCGAACGACAAUAGGAGGCUUAAGCCGCCAAUCAUCGUCUGCAUUGGCGACAUAGCGCUGGCGGUCGCCGGCUCCUUCGCGAAAUACGUCCAGGGCACGAUGUCGCUGCUUAUCCAGGCCGCCUCAACCACCUACGACAUGGGCCCCCCCGACAGCGACGAGUGGUUCGACUUCGUGAAGCAGCUCCAGGAGUCAUGCCUCCACGCCUUCUCCGGGAUAGUCCUGGGGCUCAAGGCCGGAGGCCUGCUCCACAUGCUGAGGAACUACGUCAACGCGGUCCUGAAGCUCGCUAACGACGUGGUUAGCACUCCCGACCAGUACUUUGACGCGAACUUGUUCAGGCUCGCGGUCUCACUUACCGGGGACCUCGUCCUGGCUUUCGGGGCAGACCUGUCGAUGCACCUCGUCGAUUCCCCCUUCAUGAACACCAUCGUGGCCAGGGUCAACCAGCUCGAGGCUGCACAAGACCCCAGCGCCGGCGCGUGCAGGGAGGGGGUGGUGUGGCUCCGCUCCUUGGUUAAAAGCAGCUAA